AUGACGACUCUCGAAGAGAAGAUAGCUCCAAAUGCUAACGUCCUCACAAUUACCCGACCAGCUGCUUCUCGACAAACAUCAAACCAGUCAUUUGAAGUCCUCUCCACCAUCGAAGACGUCGACUCACAACACAGUCUCACCCCUACAAGAACCGCCCACUCCGAAAAAUCAGCCAUCAUGACACAAUCCUCACCAUACACCGAUUCAAAGCAAAGGAUCGUCGACAGUACGAACGCAUUUCCCGAUCUCGAAGCAGGAAUGACGCGUGGAACUCAAAAUACCGGUACAGGAUGCAGAAUGCUAUCAAAGACCGCAGGAGGUGGUGCCGACCCUUGGCCGUGUACAACUGCCUUGAAGCGUCAACGUAAAGAGCAGAAGCGUCGUAGAGCGUGCUGUGCUUGCUGGGGUGGAUUAGGAAAGAAGCAGAAACUUGGUGUCAAGGUCGGAGCUGGUUUUCUCAUCGUGGCCAUCAUCAUCCUGAUGUGUGUGUUCAUCAGCAAGGCUGUCGGUGGUGGAGUCUGGAGCAACCAUAGCUCAAAUGCUCCAAUAAAGGGCAGCCAGUAA